AUGGCUUUACCCAUCUUGGAGGUCCAUACGCCUUCCAACUCGUUUGCGAUCCCGCAUUCAUUAAAGGGGGACAGCCUAUCGACGUUAUUUACUCGUCUCAGUCACAAAGUACAUGGAACAGUCGGUCCUGGUUGGAUUAAAUACGAGUAUAACGGCAGUUAUUGGGACUUGGACGAUGAAGCAGACUACUCGAUAUUUGCGUGGAGAGUAGCCCCAGCCGAUGCUUCCUCGCCCUCGCCAGUUAUUUACGUUCACGAUCCUCUUCUUCCUCUCCCUAUGCCUCCCGCCUACCAGAACCUCUCUUACUAUGCUUUCCGGAAACACACAGAAACUGAAUCCACUUCAAGUCCAGCAAGAACUCAAGUAUCCGCCUCAACGACUACCGGCGCCGGCCCAGCAGCCGCUUACGCGCGAGAACAUUCGGACGAGCCCUCGAGGGGCGCCGAUCUACAUAGACGUAAUACAAUACAUAGCACAGCACCACCGCGAAGUAUCAGAUCUACCAAAUCGAAACGUUCCAGGUUCCGGGACUCGUCCCCGAUGCAGCAAGCCGAGCAAGACGAGGCGAAUCAGGUGCCAAAGUACAAGCGUGACUUUCUCAAGUUUCAUGGUGAGAAUGGAAACCGUGUCGUCGUAGGGACAUUUGGACCUGUCCGCAAUGUCGAGAUGCUCCUUAAGAAGGGCUAUCGGCAUGUGUACAUGUCGCGUCAUUUUGCGAAACGACACGGGCUUGUGCCACCUAAUGUUGAACCGGGAUGGAUGGGCUAUGGCGGACUCGUAAAUAUGGGACAGAUACCAAUCACGUUAGGUACCAAGACGACGACACACACAGUCUACCUUGCUGAAGAGAACCAGUUCGACGUGAUUCUUGGACGCGCCUUUAUGGAGGCCAGACGUGUGCAGACAGACCCUCACGACUUUUCUUCGAUCUUCUCCCCCGCCGUCCUCUCCCAGCUCUCGAACAACCUGCAUUCGACGACGACGUCGCCGGACCGAGAAGAGGCACUAGACAAGCAUGUCAGAGAACGGAUACACGCCGAACUCCUUAAGCUUCAAGAAGAAGAGGAAGAUGUCAAACGAGCUCUGCGCGCGGCCUUGGAGAAGGAGAAUUUAGGGCGCGAAAGGACAAUUGCUGGCGAUUCAAAAGCGGAAGAUGGCUCGGAGACUGCGAAUGCAGGUUCACGAGGGACUGCAUCACUCAACGAGGAUAUUGAAGCCGUAAAGCGCCGUGUGGAAAAGUAUACUCAACGAAAGCAGCUUGGAGCUGGAACCGCGGUCGAAGAGAGCCGGCAAGCGGUCGUUAAAUGCUACAAAGAGCAUCCAGACAAGCCACUAAACUGCUGGAGAGAAGUCGAGGAAUUUAAAAAACAAGUCGCCAGUGUCGAAGGUCGCUUUGUAGAUUCGCUCAAGUAA